CUCUCCCAACCCUCUGUCAUUCGUGACAUUUCAACGUCGAGUACGUCAGUGACAGUGCUUUUGCAAUAAAUUAAAUUAAGAACAUUAAACCAACCGCGUUUGUUUGUACUCUAACCAACUAGCAUGGCUUCAGCGAAAAAGGGCAAAAAGAACAAAGGGAAGACCCUGGCCCUGAUCGACUUCCUCCAGGAGACCCCGGGGGCCGUGGCCACCAUGCCCAUAAGGAAGACCACGACCAACUGGGCCGACGAAGUGGAGGACAAUCAUGACAUUUAUGAUCCUCGCUCCGCCAAGACCAGCGUCAUCCUCCCCACAGCUCCGAAGGCGUCGCGGGACUUCGACGACAUCAUCGACAAAGUCCCCCAGGACCCCCCCUUCAUCGCAUAUCUCACGAAUUUGCCGUACGACGUCGAUGAGAACGAGAUUUCGUAUUUUUUUAGGAACAUGAAGAUCGCCAACAUGCGGAUCCCCAAGGACGAGCGGCCCGGCGAGGUCCCGCGACUCAAGGGUUUCGGCUACGUAGAGUUCGAGGAUAGGGAUAGUUUACUAAACGCUUUGGUCAUACCUGAUACUACGAUUAAGAACAGGCGGAUACGAAUCGAAGUGGCCACAGAUUACGGUAAUGAAAACAGGCGAGGGGGCCGGAUGGACAUGAACAGGGAUCGGGGUAAUCGGGGCGAGUUUUCGUCGUCCGGGGACUGGAGGUCGGGGCCGAGGCAGGAGAACACCGAUAUGGAGCGCCGGGGAUUCAGCAGGGAUAGGGAUAGAGAUAGGGAGAGAGACGAUAGUUCAGGCGCUUGGCGCGACGGAGAUAGGAGGAACAACCGGGACUCAGAUAAGGGGUUCAUCACUCGGUCGACGGACCGUUUCCGGGAAGAGCGCGACCAGGAUUUCGGGAGAUCCCGGGACGAUAAUAAGUUCGUGAGGCGGUUCGACGGGGGUAACAGGAAUGGGGGGUUCACGCGGAACGCGCCGCCCCCUAGAGACGAGGAAUCGAAUAAGAGCGGGGAGCCGCGUCAGAGGCCGAAGUUGAUGCUGACGCCGCGCACUAAGCCGGUGGAAGCCGAGCCCGAGAAGGUACAGUCGUCGACGUCGAUCUUCGGCAACGCCAAGCCGGUGGACACCGCCGCCAGGGAGCGGCAGAUCGAGGAGAGGUUGGCGAAGGACCAUGACGGCGGGCCGCGGCGGGAGGUGAGCAGAGAGCGAAAGGAGAGGGAGGAUAAGGAGAACGCGAAUAAGGAGAAAGAAAAAGAGAAAGAGAAGAAGGAAAAAGUACAAGAACCUGGUUGGUAUACCUUGUUUUGUUUUUUGUUUUUACUGAAGCUGGUGGUAGUUGCAGAGAAGAAACCCGAAGAGAAGGAAAAGGAGAAGGAGGAGGAGAAGACCCCCUCAGUGCAAAAUCAAAAAUCCGACUUCAACGGAGUCAUAGGAGUCAUAGACAAGGGCCACCCGAAGCGGAACGGCGACCACGACAAGAAGGAGGUUAAAGAUAUCGGCGACAAACAUAAAUCAGAAGUCAAGAAAAGGGACGAUAAGAAGGAGAAGGUGGAGAAGGAGAUGCCCAAGUUGAAAAAAGUGGAGCCGCCGAAUUUCGUCGCCAGUAAUAAAUUCGCCUAUCUGCAGAACGAGGACAGCUCAGAUUAAUACGUUGAUUUGUAAAAAGAAGCCCAAAUAGUAAAAUGUUUCAUUAUUACCCAUGUUAUUAUUUUUUUAAUCUUCAAAUGUGGUGUCUGAAAGUUACAUUUAUACAUAUUAUACAAAUAAUAAAGUAUUUAAAAGGACAGGGCGUUUUUUGCAGGCGAGAUCAAACACGUGUGGGGAGCUCGUCUGACGUUUUUGUAUUUGUUUUUCGUGAUUGUUUCUCCAUUGUUCUAUGAUUAUUAUGUAUGGUUCUUUUAACAUUUUUUACUUAUUAAAUUGUAUGUAAUUCUUA